AGAGCACAUCUCACCUCGGUCGAGCAACAGUCGAAAAAAUAAAGUGCAAGAAUUAUUAUUAACCAUGGUUCGCGUUAGUUUCGUAUUGCUUGUAAUACUCGCAGUGGUUUACGGCACGACUAUUGUAAAAAAAUGUGGGAAAAAUGAAGAGAGUACCACUUGUGGAUCGGCAUGCCCACCAUCUUGCAAUGCACCGCGUAAUCAAACUUGUCCUAAGCAAUGCAUGAUAGGAUGCCAAUGCAAACCAGGAUAUUUGCGACAUUCUAAUGGAAAUUGUGUGCUCCCUGCACAAUGUGGGAAAUCAACUAAUGUGCAUUUAAAGGAACACGAAUUCGAAGACACGAAUAUGUCCCGUGCCGUAGUUUUCCUUUUGCUCGUCGUGGCAGUCGCUACCAUUAAUGCUGCGCCUAAUUGCCAUCAUAACGAAGUAUUCACUAGAUGUGGUACUUCGUGUCCACCUACCUGUCUAAAUCCAAAUCCUACAGUUUGUACGCUGGCAUGUAUUCCUGGAUGCGAAUGCGAUGAAGGAUAUAUAAGAAAUGAGCAAAACCAAUGUGUACUUACGCAAAAUUGUUGAGAAGCGAGGAUUUUAAAAUAAGUAUAUUUCGUAUCAUAUAAAAUGAUACAUCAAUCUAAUAAACAUCAAAAAUUCUUUUGCUGAUAAUUAAGAUUAUAUUCAUUAAUUUGAACAAUUGUACUGUGUAUAGUGAGAGUGUAUUAAAUUUGGUAAAACCAUUACAUUUUAUAUAUAAAUGUUUUUUUAAAUAAAAAUAUAAAUAUUAAAAUGUUUAUAAAAAA